CCAAAACCAUUAAGCAGCUGUCAGAGGUGUCCAACAAAGCGCAAAGGCAACAGGAACGGAAACCAUGACUCAGGUUAGCCAAUCCUUUUCACGCAAGAGCGUGUCCAGCUCCAGCUCCAGCUCUCGUCCCUUCACCUCGCUGUCUCUCAGCGGUGGAUACUCCAAGCGCAUCGCCGUCGGUCGUGCGCCAAGUGUCUAUGCAGGCGCCGGGGGCUCCAGCGUGCGCGUCUCUUACGCACAGAAUGUCAGGAGCGGUUUCGACCUGGCCAGCGCGCUCGGCGGCGGCGGCGGCGACAAUGGCUUCGGUGUGGGAUUCAACGAGAAGAGCACCAUGCAGAACCUCAACGACCGUCUGGCGAGCUACCUGGAGAAGGUGCGCUCCCUGGAGAAAGCCAACGCGCAACUGGAGAUUCAGAUCCGGGAGUGGUACGAGAAGAGGACCCCUGUCUCCAGAGACUACAGCCACUAUUACGUCACCAUUGAAGAUCUGCGCAAAAAAAUUGCCGUCGCCAGCCUGGACAAUGCCAGAAUGGUCCUUCAGAUCGACAAUGCCAAACUGGCAGCCGAAGACUUCAGAGUGAAGUAUGAGAACGAGUUGGCCCUGCGUCAAUCCGUGGAAGCCGACAUCGCCGGUUUGAGGAAGAUUUUGGAUGAGCUCACCAUGACACGCUCAGACCUUGAGAUGCAGAUCGAAGGUCUGAAGGAGGAGCUUGUCUACCUGAAGAAGAACCAUGCAGAGGAACUUGCAGCUCUUCGCGCUCAAAUGUCCUCCAGCAGCGUAAAUGUAGAGGUCGACUCUGCACCUCAGCAAGACCUCACCUGCAUCUUGGAGGAGAUCCGACACCAGUAUGAAGGCGUCAUCGACAAGAACCGCAGAGAAAUGGAGUCUUGGUACAAGGGCAAAUUCGACGAACUGAACAAGCAGGUAACCACCAGACAAGAAGACCUCUCAAUGUCCCGCAGUGAAAUCAGCGAGCUCAGAAGGACGCUUCAGAGUCUGGAGAUCGAACUACAGUCACAGCUCAGCUUGAAAGCGGCGUUGGAAGGCACACUGGGAGAGACAGAGUCACGGUACAGCAUGCAGCUCAGACAAUUGCAGGUCGUCAUUAACAGUCUGGAGGAGGAGCUUAGUCAGAUGCGCCUUGACAUCGAAAGACAGGGCAAUGAAUACAAACUGCUCCUGGACAUCAAGACCAGACUAGAGAUGGAGAUCGCCGAGUACAGAAGACUUCUGGAUGGAGAGAGCGUUCAGAAACAGACAGUCAAAGUUGUAGAGGUUGUAGCUCCCCCUCCCCCCAAACCCGAACCUGUGGUGACCACGUGCGUUCGCACAGUAAUCGAAGAGAUGGUUGACGGAAAGGUCGUUUCACGCACAGAGGAUGUUAACGAGGUCUUGAAGAAGUAAAAAUGACAGCGAAGAUCCAUAAAAUCGUCAUGAAUUUUUAGCCUCAAUAGGGCUGAUUAAACAAUCCCUGUUUAACACAUUGUGAAAUGCCAAGAAAAAUAAA